GUCGAACAUUCGUCUUCCGCCUCUUCUUCGUUCUUCAUUUGGAGAAAAGCCAAAUUAACGACGCUUAUUCAUGGCAGUCAACACCGUUACGACUCCAACCACCGGCUUCUACCGCCGUCCGAACCAUAACUCCGGCAGUUGGCCGCCGACUUUAGUCAGACGUCACAUAUUCUGGAGAAUUUUCAACGAACUGAGUAACUGAGUGAACAGAGCUUUGACUAUUUAGUUAUAAUGUACAAAGCGUGCUAAUUUGCUUAAUUACUUGAAGAACUGAAUCAGCUCUAUUGAUCAAAAGCGGUCACCUUGGGAGAGCUACUAUGAGCGGUGGGAUUCGUACAAGCGUGAAGGGGUUCCUUAAUGCAAAACGUCUGGCUUUGUCUGCGGAAAUAGAUACAGUGCAUGAGACGAAUGAGACCAUCACUCUCAAUUUCAGUGCACUCCAAGCUGCUGCUGAUUCUGUGGAUAAGAAGAAAGCACAAGAGAAGAGCAUUGCUUCAACUUCAUAUGGGCUCAGUAUCUAUGACGUGCCUUCAUCUCCUCGGACACAGAAUGAGAUCUUGCCAAGAAGAUUCUUCUAUAAUGAGCUGAAAACAGCAACCUGGAACUUUCAUCCUGUUAAUAUGGUGGGUGAAGGUUGUUAUGGUCGUGUUUUUAAGGGGUGGAUUGAUGAUAAUACAUCAACAUCUGCCAAACCCGGUAGUGGCAUGUUAAUUGCUGUGAAGACAAUUAAAGGAGAAGGUUUACGGGGUCAAAAGGAAUGGUUGACAGAGAUUUACUACCUAGGAAGGCUGCGUCAUCCAAAUGUUGUGAAAUUGUUGGGUUAUUGCUUCGAUGAUGACCACCGGCUUCUGGUUUAUGAAUUUAUGGCUAAAGGAAACUUGGAGUUUCGUCUAGUUGGAUGGGUUUCUUACCUUCAACCACUUUCGUGGAUCCUGCGUAUGAAGAUUGCCCUCGGUGCUGCCAAGGCUCUAGCAUUUAUUCAUAAUAGUGAGGGAAAAGUGAUCCAUCGGGACUUCAAAAGUUCAAAUAUCCUACUGGAUUCAAACUACAAUGCCAAACUCGCUGAUUUUGGUUUUGCUAAGGAUGGACCAGCAGGUGAUAGUAGCCAUGUCUCGACAAGGGUGAUGGGGACAUAUGGGUAUGCAGCUCCAGAGUAUGUUGCUACAGGUCAUUUAACCAGCAAAAAUGAUGUGUAUGGCUAUGGAGUUGUUAUGCUAGAAUUGCUGACAGGAAAACCAGUUCUUGACACCAGCCGGCCAACCAGGGAACAGGAUCUAGUUGAAUGGGCCAAACCAUACCUUGACAGCAAACGCAGAGUUCUUAAAAUUUUGGAUGCUCGUAUUAAAGGCCAGUAUUCUGUGGCUGCAGCUCGUAAAGCGGCUAACCUUCCAAAUCAAUGCUUAUCAGCAGAACCCGAGUUGAGGCCAAACAUGAAUGAGGUGGUAAAAGAAUUAGAGCAGCUUCAGGAAUCAGGUGACAUUGAGGGCGCAGGAAUCUCUCAUAGCGAGCCUUGCCAAUCUCCUUAUUCCAAUUCAAGCAGUGUCAAAUCAAGCUGGAGAAGUUGGAUCAGCUUCAGGUCAUCUGCUUCUCGCAGCUACAUAAGAUAGUCAUGCAUGCAAAUAUAUGAGUUUUAGUUUAGUUCUCAGGAAUUAUUCUUAGGUUUCGAUCAUGCUGUACUUAUAGAGUUCCAGCCAAUUUGAGGAGAUUACAUUAUUCAAAACAAAACUUAUUGUAUUCGGCUUGAUAUAGUGCUGCAGUU